AUGAUCAUAAAUCCCACAUUGGGAUUUCCGGUAAUCACAUCAAAUUUAGUAGUACGAUGGGGACAUUCGGCCACGUUAAUAAAUUCAAACAUAUAUUAUAUUGGGGGUAGGACGGAUGGGAAUGUUUUCAUAACGGAGCUCGUAAGGUUAGACGUAUCAAAACCAUUCUCGACCUUAAACCCGGAGUGGGUUCAAUUAGAUAGCACGGGAGCGCCAAAAACCAUAGGACAUUCGGCAGUGUAUGGAGGGUUAAAUAAUGAUCAAAUUAUAAUAUUCGGUGGUGGCGUAGAUGACCCGGCUAGCGCUGUCAUGAGUAAUUUAUGGACUUAUGAUACGACAAAUGGUCAAUGGGCUGAUCCAAAAUUACCACAAGGAAGUCCAAGCAGAAGGUAUGAACAUUCCGCCGCAAUCGGUCCAUCAGGGAUGAUGUGGGUUUAUGGCGGGCUGAUCGAUGGAUUGACGGGGAGCCCAGAUAGAGUGAUAACGUCAGAUUUAUGGGGGUUAGAUGUAAAUACAUUAAAUUCAUGGAAGGCUUACCCCGUAUUAGAUAACUCACCAGGGGCAAGGAUAUUCCAUACGUCAUCAAUAGUUGACAAUAAAAUGAUCGUGAUUGGAGGGGUCACCGAUGAAAUUUUGUAUGACAUGAGUGAAAUUUAUGCCUUUGAUUUGGAGAAAGGUAUUUGGGAGAAGAAUAUUGCGACCGGACAAAUCCCAGCUUCAAGAGGGCAACAUUCCGCCGUGGUAGCAAACAAGAAGAUUAUAAUUUACGGUGGAUCGGAUAUCACGAAUACGAAUUUAUACGGGGAUGUGGCGGUCUUGGAUACGACCACAUGGACAUGGACGUCUCCCGUCACAACCAAUACCCCAUCAAAUCGAAGAGGUCACACCGCGACGCUUGUUGGUGCCAACAUGAUCGUUGCAUUCGGUAAAACCGGUGCUGAUGCAGAUUCAAACGUUUACAUUUUAAACAUUUUAAGUUGGGAUUGGCUUAUCGAUUAUGUUCCGAUGGAUCUACCAUUGGACAAUGACGAGGUCACUCCAGUGAAGAACGAAACGGAUCCUAAUCAUGAUGAUAAGGGUCAUAAAUCGGUGAAAUGUUUACCUUAUAUCAUAACCUUAUCAGUAAUAGGAGUGUUAUUAUUUGUGGGCGUGAUAGCAUUUACCAUUCAUAAAAUUAUUAAGAAGCGAAGACGUGAUAGAGGGGAUGAUUUGGUGGCCGUCCCAUAUAACGACAAUCCAAUUACCAGCCCUCAAGAAACGGCACGUAACAAAACCAUCAAAAGGUCACGUCGUCCAUCUUUCCUCUGCUUGGGUCGAAAGGAUGGCAGGAAGCAUGAUUCCACGGAAGUAUUAAAUAAUCCAACUUCACCGGCGAUUUCGACGGGUCCAUCGACACCUUAUACGAUAGGUUCCUAUGGCACACAUACGCCGUCACAUUCUGAGAGUGGUAUAAUAAUAUCUGGGAAACCAAAAGUUAGAUUUACCAUUGACGAGAACAUGUCUCAUCAUUAUGAUCCAGAAAAUUAUCUACAGAAAAUCAACGACAUUGAAAAUCAUGCCAGCACCAGCGGGACUAGCGGUGCUGGGGCGAAUGGUGAGUCAAAAUCUAGCCUUGAAUUAGAUGGAGAAAUACAAAGUGUGAGAGAAAGCAUAUUUGUAGCCAAUAAACAGGAAUUACGUGUAGUAAAUCCUUAA